GUCGCAGGCAAAUGACGUCACUUAGAAGGCACGGUGGUGUUUUCAAGUAGCACGAGGAUUUUAACGCCACUCUUCGAGGAAGUUCGGUAAAAUGGCAAAGAAUAAACAAAAGGGGAAAAAACAGAAGAACGUCUUUCAAGUGGCAAACAAGCACUUGAAGAACAAGACCAAAGCGAAACCCGUCACAACACUCAAACAUAUCAAUACAGUGAAAAAGGAGAAAGUGGAGAGUCUAAAUCAAAUCUUCACAGAAGUCCAGAGGGAUGUUAAGAGCCUUUCAAAGUCAGUCGCUCCUGAAGCAAAGAAACAAAUACAGGUUGUCAGAGAGCCACCGAAGGAAUCUGUAAAUAUCGACAAUGCCGCUCAACUCUUCUCUCAGCUAUAAUAGUAUAAAAAUAAGUGAUUACCACGAACAAAGAUGAUGGACUGAAUAUGCUCUCACAGCAUUUUGUCAUUUCUCUUCGAAAUGAGGACUACAGAUGAGCUGCCAAGAACCUGCUGCAUUGAUAUGGGAGCGAAAUCUCAUGUGCAACUCAAGGUUUUUGCGUAUUAUGUGCACAAAGAAAUCAAAUCCAAUUACAGAGUUGAACACUGUCAAUUGUAACGUUCUUUCAGAUUAUGCACCUUUGUGUAUUUUAUUAAUAUCUUUUAGACUUUGAAUACACGUUAUUGUCAUUAUUGAUUCUCAGAAAAUGCUUACGUUAGAGCAGAUUCAAACUGUAAUGUUAUAUAUGGCACGAACAAUAAGUUAAAUGAAACAAAAUAAAGUGUUGAUAUGUCAGAUGACUCAUCUUUUCAUUAACCGAUUCUCUUUAAAACUCUUUGUGUGCCUUGUAGUCAUUUUUCAAUAAACUUUUCAAAAGAA